CUCCUCGGCUCCACGGCUCCCUCGGCCGCUGCCGUCUCCAACCCCCCCUCCCCACUCCCCCGCCACGGCCCCUAGCCCCUGGCCGUUUGGCAAACCCCCCCCCUGCCGCGGGGCUCCCCGAAAUCCAGUUCCCCUCCCCCAUCCCAGCUCAUGCCCCAGCCCCCGAACCUCGGGGCUACCAGCCCCCGGUGCCCCCGCCCCUCCUGAGAAUCGGGGUGUGCUCCCCAAGCCCCCUCCCCUCCACUGGGGAGCCCCUUUUAGGGCCCCCUUCCUCUCCCUCCCACGCUCCCCUACCCUUCCCUUCUCCAACCCCCUCCUUCCCCUCUCACCCCUCCCCCCAUCCUGGCCCCCCCUGCAAAAGUGGGGUGCGGAGGGGGGAGGGGUGAGAACCCACCAAGGGGAGGAACGAAACUCCAAUGAAGUCAGAGCCCCUUACCCGCCGCCGCGGCCAGGCCCCCCAACAUGGACUGUCUCUGUAUAGUGACAACCAAGAAAUACCGCUACCAAGAUGAAGACACGCCCCCUCUGGAGCACAGCCCGGCCCACCUCCCCAACCAGGCCAAUUCUCCCCCAGUGAUUGUCAACACAGAUACCCUAGAAGCCCCAGGAUAUGUGAACGGAACCGAGGGGGAGAUGGAAUACGAGGAGAUCACAUUGGAAAGGGGUAACUCAGGUCUGGGCUUCAGCAUCGCAGGUGGCACUGACAACCCACACAUCGGUGACGAUCCAUCCAUUUUCAUCACCAAGAUUAUUCCUGGAGGGGCUGCAGCCCAGGAUGGUCGCCUCAGGGUCAACGAUAGCAUCCUGUUUGUAAAUGAAGUGGAUGUGCGGGAGGUGACCCACUCAGCAGCGGUGGAGGCUCUCAAAGAGGCAGGCUCAAUCGUGCGCCUCUACGUCAUGCGCCGGAAGCCCCCAGCUGAGAAGGUCAUGGAGAUCAAGCUCAUCAAGGGGCCUAAAGGUCUUGGUUUCAGCAUCGCAGGGGGCGUAGGGAACCAGCACAUCCCUGGGGAUAAUAGCAUCUAUGUAACCAAGAUCAUCGAAGGCGGUGCUGCCCACAAGGAUGGGAGGUUGCAGAUUGGAGACAAGAUCUUGGCGGUCAACAGUGUGGGGCUGGAAGACGUCAUGCAUGAGGAUGCUGUGGCAGCCCUGAAGAACACGUAUGAUGUUGUCUACCUAAAGGUGGCCAAGCCCAGCAAUGCCUACCUGAGUGACAGCUAUGCUCCCCCAGACAUCACAACCUCUUAUUCCCAGCACCUGGACAAUGAGAUCAGUCAUAGCAGCUACCUGGGCACUGACUACCCCACAGCCAUGACCCCCACUUCCCCUCGGCGCUACUCUCCAGUGGCCAAGGACCUGCUUGGGGAGGAAGACAUUCCCCGAGAACCGAGGCGAAUCGUGAUCCACCGGGGCUCCACGGGCCUGGGCUUCAACAUUGUGGGUGGUGAGGACGGCGAAGGCAUCUUCAUCUCCUUCAUCUUGGCCGGGGGCCCUGCGGACCUCAGCGGGGAGCUGCGGAAGGGGGACCAGAUCCUGUCGGUUAAUGGUGUUGACCUCCGAAAUGCCAGCCAUGAGCAGGCUGCCAUUGCCCUCAAGAAUGCGGGUCAGACGGUCACAAUCAUUGCUCAAUAUAAACCAGAAGAGUACAGCCGAUUCGAGGCCAAGAUCCACGACCUUCGGGAACAGCUCAUGAACAGCAGCCUGGGCUCAGGGACUGCCUCCCUUCGGAGCAACCCCAAAAGGGGUUUCUAUAUCAGGGCCUUGUUUGAUUACGACAAGACCAAGGACUGCGGCUUCCUGAGCCAGGCCCUGAGCUUCCGCUUUGGGGAUGUGCUGCAUGUAAUUGAUGCUAGCGAUGAGGAGUGGUGGCAGGCACGGCGGGUCCACUCUGACAGUGAGACGGAUGACAUUGGCUUCAUCCCCAGCAAACGACGGGUUGAGCGACGGGAGUGGUCAAGGUUAAAGGCCAAGGACUGGGGCUCCAGCUCUGGAUCACAGGGUCGAGAAGACUCGGUUCUGAGCUACGAGACAGUGACGCAGAUGGAAGUUCACUACGCUCGCCCCAUCAUCAUCCUUGGACCCACCAAGGACCGCGCCAAUGACGAUCUUCUCUCCGAGUUCCCCGACAAGUUUGGAUCCUGUGUUCCCCAUACUACACGGCCCAAGCGGGAGUAUGAGAUAGAUGGCCGGGAUUACCACUUUGUAUCGUCCCGGGAGAAAAUGGAGAAGGACAUUCAGGCGCACAAGUUCAUUGAGGCUGGCCAGUACAACAGCCAUCUCUACGGGACCAGCGUCCAGUCCGUGCGAGAGGUGGCAGAGCAGGGGAAGCACUGCAUCCUCGAUGUCUCAGCCAAUGCUGUGCGGCGGCUGCAGGCGGCCCACCUGCACCCUAUCGCCAUCUUCAUCCGCCCCCGCUCCCUGGAGAAUGUGCUAGAAAUUAACAAGCGGAUCACAGAGGAGCAAGCCCGCAAAGCCUUUGACAGAGCCACCAAGCUGGAGCAGGAGUUCACAGAGUGCUUCUCAGCCAUCGUGGAGGGUGACAGCUUUGAGGAGAUCUACCACAAGGUGAAGCGUGUCAUCGAGGACCUCUCAGGCCCCUACAUCUGGGUCCCAGCCCGAGAGAGACUCUGAUUCCUGCCCUGGCUUGGCCUGGACUCGCCCUGCCUCCAUCAUCCGGGCCCUUGGUCUGGACUGAAUUGCCCACGUCCUUCGCACCCCAGCCUCCCUCUGACCCCUUCUUAUUUAUUUCCUUUCUAACUGGAUCCAGCUCAUUGGAGGGGGGACACUCCUCUGCAUGUAUCCCUACACCCCAGAACUGGGCUCCAGAAUCCUAGGAACCUGGGGUCUGAGCGGGGAGCCGGGCUCCUGGUUCCAAGCCCUUGCUCCUCAGGAUCCCUACCCUUACCUGCCCCCAAUGCACACACAGACCCACUGGGGGCUGCCCGCCCUCCCCCAUACAUUCCAGAAGUCAGGGCCCCUCUCAAGGAGCACCCACUGUAGGGAUGCAGGGCCACAGGCCUCCGCGCUCUCUGGAGGCAGGGUCUGGGGUCACCCUUGCUCCAUCAUAACUCCCCAUGUCCCUUGAUUUCUCAAUUUUUUUUUUUCCAUUUUUUUUCUCCUAAAAGGUGGUUUUUUGGGGAGAAGUAGUGGGACUCUUCUGCAGGUCCCCUGCCUUCCACAUGCCCCCACCUUUUUUCUUUGCUGGUUUGCAUGAGUGGAAGGUCUAACUGUGGCUUUUUUUUUUUUUCCUGGGAUUUUUCUUCU